AGCAGAUUGAGGAGCUUGUGUAGCUUUAAUUCAGCCAGAGCUAUAGCUGCAGAGUGAGAGUCAGCAGGCAGCUGCAUUCACGCACUCGGAUGAAGGCGACAGCACAGAUCAGGCUAGCUUAGCUAGGUGGCUUAGGCUACGUUAAAAGCUGCAGUUUUAGAUCACAUUUCACUCAUAGCUUAACAGUGUCCGGCUUACUAUUUGUAGUAUUUCUCCACUUUUCGAGUCGAAUCUCGAUUCACCGCCAAUAUGGACACCAUAUUGGACAGUUUCGCCUCGGACAAACUUUUCCCCAAUUCCAACCUGUUGGACCUGGAGGACCUGAACGAGAGCGAUUUCCUUACCAACGUGCAUUUCUCAGAACAGAUGGAGGACUUCUCCAAUGAACUCUUCAGCAGCUUUUUUGACGAACACCUUCUGGCAGAAAGGACGCCGCUGAUGGACGUUGAGCUGGAGCCCCCCAACCCUGACAUCCAGCAGGAACACAGCUACUCCCUCAGCGGAGACUCCGCCCCUCAAAGCCCCUCCAUGCCCAUCAAAACAGACGAGGAUGCAGAGGGCAUGUGGGCAUUCAGUCAGGACUUGACAGCCAUCCUGGUGAAGCAAGAACCCAACCUGCUGUCUGAGCCCUCCCCUGCAACAGCACCCCCUCUGGCCACCUCCAGCUCUACCACUCAGCCCCUCACCCUCGCCCCACCACCACAGAGACGCCACACUCAUGACAAGGGAACCCUAGAACAGAAUAGUAACACAGUACCUACUAUCAAAGCAGAGCCCAGAGAUGCCAACCAGUUCCUGAACAUCCCCACAGAGGAACACCUGCAGCUCCCACCUACUCCUCCUAGCAGCCAUGGCAGUGACAGCGACGGAUCGCAAAGCCCUCAUUCACUACCUCCAUCCAGUCCUGCCCGCCUGCAAAGUCCCCAUUCGUUGCCCCCUUCUAGCCCUGCCCGCCUUCAGUCUCGCUCUUCUGCGGCCAUCUCCUCUUCCCCACUGUUGACUGCUCCACAUAAGUUGCAGGGGACGUCAGGCCCUCUGAUGCUGACUGAAGAAGAGAAGCGGACACUGAUGGCCGAGGGCUAUCCCGUCCCCAACAAAUUGCCCCUGACGAAGACAGAGGAAAAGGCGCUCAAACGAGUGCGCAGAAAAAUAAAAAACAAGAUCUCUGCACAAGAGAGCCGUCGCAAGAAGAAGGAGUAUGUGGAGUGUCUGGAGAAAAAGGUGGAGAACUACACGUCAGAGAACAAUGAACUGUGGAAAAAGGUGGAGACACUCGAAAGUGCCAACAGGUCUUUGCUGCAGCAGCUACAGAAGCUUCAAGCUCUAGUUAGUGGGAAAGUGCCUCGUUCUUGCAAGAUGGCCUCCACACAGACCGGUACCUGCCUUAUGGUGGUGGCGCUGUGUUUUGUGCUGGUUUUGGGCUCACUGGCUCCCUGCCUGCCCGAGCUCUCCCUCUACUCUUCUUCCUCAUCAUCCUCACCCUCACACACGGUGAAGUCUGCCCCGCUUCCCUCUGCUGACCUCUACACCACCAGCCAGGUCCGCUCCCGCAGCCUGCUCUUCUAUGAGGAGGGUUCCCCGCUGGAGGCCAGCCACAGGGGCAUGUUGAGUGUGGAGAGAGGGGAGGGGGCGCCACGCCGAUACACACAGGACCUGAGAGAUACCCACGAGCAGACUCAUGUUGCCCACCUCAGCAGGUACCUGAGCCCAAGUCAGCCAGAAAACAACAGCAGUGCAGCCCCCCUCCUCCACCAAGAGCAACACUACCACACACGAAAGCGUGAUCCUGAUGGAGGGGUGGAGUUUUUCUAACCCCUCUGAGCGGAGCUGCCUAUGUCAUGCAGGCCUCCGCUGACCUUUGACCCUGAGAUCACUCAUACCCAGUGGCGCCCCCUAUUGUUACCACUCCCCCACCCUACAAAACCCACACAUCAUCACCACUCUUGGACAUGCUGCAGAGGAUGGGCAGAAAGAAAUGGCAUAAGAGAGAAGAGGAGCAGGAGAGAAAGCAUCUACCAUCUGUUAGUGACUGUCAGUGAAUGAGUGAAUGUGUGAGCAGAUGAGGAAAUGAGCCAGUGUUGUUUCGGCUAUUUUGAUAUGUGGAGUCCGCAUUAUGCCGCACAUAGAUGGGUAUGGGAAUCUUUUUUCUUUUUUUAGUCAUUCUUUCUUCAUCUAAUACCUUACCACUGUCACACCGAACUGGUAUUCUUCCUCCAAAGAUUUCUUUUUCACUGUUACUUGUUUGUGUUUAUUUUUUAUUUUUUUGAAAAAUGUUUUCCAGUACUGGUGUAAUCACAGGUGCCUGAGCAUUUUUCUCUUUUUUAAGUUUUAGGUAAUACAUUUUAAUAGCAUUUUAUUCUUUUUAUAUGUUUCAUAAUACCAUGGGAACUGUUUAUCUGAUUAAAGCUGGACUGCACUUGUUUUGCACUAGGAAAACAAAUUGAUUUAAGUGCCUUCAAAUUCUUUUUCCACCCAUGUAGUUGUAUGUAAAAUGUGUUAUUUUCUUAACUUCUGAUUUCUCUCUUAUUUUCCUUUUGCUUACUCUUACUGAGAACUAAGAAAGGUAUUUUAUUUUAGUUUUUGUACUAUUUUAAAUUUGAAAAGGUAGAUGCAUUUGUACUGAAUUGAAAGUAUCCAUAAUAUAUUCUAGUAUUGUCAGCAUUCCAAAAAGAGCAUAUUUAUUUUAUGCA